GCGCACACGUUUUCCAUGCAGCUUUCUCGCGCCUGUGCCAAUGGAGCAAGAUCCUUAACAUAUCGGCUCCCCCCUAGAUUGGUUGCUAUUGAACGGUUCGUUUCUGAAUUCAGUUGCAGCUCGUCGUUUCUAGCGGACAUCGGCUAUCGAUACCGUUCCUCUGGCUCGAGCUGGACCACCUCCGGCGUCACUUCCAGCUACUUCAGCCCCGAAACGCAGCCAGAGCAAUGUUCCGCCAGAUCCUUCCCAGACGACGAAGGGAUCUCAUUCGCAAACGGUACUUCGAACGGAGUGGACGUGACUAACCCUGGAUCUGCCUCAUCAGUAGUAACGAGCAGCAAUUGCCAAAGUGAUAGUGCUUCAACCAAAAGUGAAGAAUCGAAAAAGAUGAUCGGAACGGCCAAAAUCCUCUCCGGGACGGAUGUGUCCAAAGAAAUCCGCGAUCGGCUCAAGCGGGAAGUUCAGGAGCUGAGAGGCAAGAUCCCGUCGCUAGUUCCAGGGCUGGCCAUCGUACAGGUCGGUGGCCGCGAAGAUUCCAACGUGUACAUUCGGAUGAAGAUUAAGGCCGCCGAAGAGAUCGGCAUCUAUGCCGAGCACGUGCAGCUUCCGAGUUCGACCAGCCAGGACGAGCUGCUGAAAGUGAUCAAACGCCUUAAUGAGGACCCCAACUUCCAUGGCAUCAUCGUUCAGAUGCCGCUGGAAUCGGACCAUCCUAUCGAUUCCCAUCUGAUCACGGACGCGGUCUCGCCGGAAAAGGACGUCGAUGGAUUGAACACCAUCAACGAGGGUCGGGUGGCCGUGGGGGACAUGGGCGGAUUUCUACCGUGCACCCCGAACGGAUGUAUGGAGCUGAUCAAGCGGACCGGUGUCCCGAUUGCCGGAUCGGUGGCCGUCAUCAUAGGGCGCAGUAAAAUCGUGGGCACUCCGAUGGCCGAACUGCUCAAGUGGCACGACGCAACCGUCACCAUCUGUCACUCCAAGACGAAGAAUUUGAAUAUGAUGAUCAAGAAAGCCGACAUUCUGGUGGUGGCUGUCGGAAAACCGGAAAUGGUUCGAGGAGCUUGGAUCAAACCUAGUGCCGUUGUCAUCGAUUGUGGCAUCAACUCGAUUCCAGAUUCCACGAAGAAGUCCGGCCAGCGGCUGGUGGGAGACGUGAAGUACGACGAGGCGCUUGUGGCCGCCGGUUUCGUGACCCCGGUUCCAGGAGGCGUCGGCCCUAUGACGGUCGCCAUGCUGAUGCAGAACACCGUUCAGUCUUACGCCAGAGUCGCUCGGAAGCUGAUCGAGAUGGAGUUCCGUUGGCCGAUCAAACUGCUGCCAUUGAAGCCUUUGGACCAGGUGCCGAGUGACAUCGAAAUUGCCCGUUCGCAAACUCCGAAGGACAUCGCCCUGCUCGCAUCCGAGAUCGGUUUGAUCCCGUCGGAAGUUUCGCUGUACGGGGACAAGAAGGCGAAAAUUUCGCUGAAGGUUCUGGAACGGCUGCGCAGCGAAGUCGACGGGAAAUAUGUCGUCGUUGCUGGUAUCACCCCCACACCAUUGGGAGAAGGGAAAAGCACCACGUUGGUCGGCUUGGUUCAGGCCCUGACGGCUCACAAGAAGUGUAACUCGAUUGCUUGCCUUCGACAACCGUCUCAGGGACCCACAUUUGGCAUCAAAGGUGGAGCAGCAGGAGGUGGAUACGCACAGGUGAUUCCGAUGGAAGAUUUCAAUCUACAUCUGACGGGAGAUAUCCAUGCCGUUACCGCGGCCAAUAAUCUGCUGGCGGCUCAGCUGGAUGCCCGGAUCUUCCACGAGGCUACCCAAACGGAUCAGGCCCUGUACGAACGGCUGGUGCCGGCCAUCAAGGGUUCGCGCAAAUUCUCCGCGAUCCAGGCUCGGCGACUGAAGCGCCUGGGAAUCGACAAAACCGAUCCGUACACUCUGACUCCGGAGGAGAUUCGUCGAUUUUCGCGGUUGAACAUCGAUCCGCACAACGUUGUCUGGACUAGAGUUCUUGACGUCAACGAUCGUUAUCUGCGCAAGGUGACGAUUGGGUUGGCUCCGACCGAGAAGAAUUUGGUUCGAGAUACCAGUUUCUCAAUUUCGGUUUCCAGUGAGAUCAUGGCGAUCCUGGCGUUGGCCACCAGUUUGGAGGAUAUGAAACAGCGGCUGGCGAAAAUGGUGGUAGCCUUCGAUCGUGCCGGAGCUCCGGUGACGGCUGAUGAUCUGGGAGUUACUGGGGCCAUGAUGGUUCUGUUGAAGGAUGCCAUUGAACCGACGUUGAUGCAAACUUUGGAAGGAACUCCGGUGAUGGUUCAUGCUGGACCUUUUGCCAACAUUGCGCAUGGUUGUUCCUCGAUCAUCGCAGACGAAAUCGCUUUGAAGUUGGUGGGCAAACCUGGCUAUGUGAUCACAGAAGCCGGUUUUGGAUCGGAUAUCGGUAUGGAAAAGUUCUUUAACAUUAAGUGCCGUUCUUCGGGCAAGGUUCCGAAUGCGGUAGUUUUGGUAAUGACGAUUCGUGCGUUAAAAAUGCACGGUGGAGGCCCACCAGUAAGUGCUGGAGCUCCUUUGCGUCGGGAAUACACGAUGGAGAAUCUAGAAUUGGUUGAAAAGGGUCUCCCCAAUCUGCUGAAACACAUCGAAAACGGAUUGAAAUAUGGCGUUCCGGUGGUUGUUUCCAUCAAUGCGCACUCCACUGAUUCGGCAGCUGAACAUGAGCUGGUUAAGAAGGCUUGCAAACAGGCCGGAGCAUACGCCACCGUUGUUUCCAAUCAUUGGGCUAAGGGAGGUGCCGGAGCAACCGAAUUGGCCGAAGCUGUCAUCGAAGCCUGUAAAAAGCCAUCGGAGUUCAGGUUCCUGUACGAUUUGGAUCUGUCGAUCGAAGAUAAGAUGCUUUUGAUUGCCCGGGAGAUGUACGGAGCAGGCUGUAUAGAACUUUCGCCAAAGGUCAAGGAUGCCGUCAGAGUAUACGCCGAGAAGGGUUUCGGUAAUCUGCCAAUCUGUAUGGCCAAAACGGCCAUGUCCCUGACCGGGGACCCUAGUGCCAAGAACGCUCCGAAGGACUUCAAGCUGGUCAUCAACGAUAUUUGCCUGUCGGCAGGGGCAGGCUUCAUCGUGCCGAUGUGUGGUGAAAUUACCAAAAUGCCCGGCCUUCCGACGAGGCCGUCCAUCUUCGACAUCGACCUGAACACCGAGACCGGUGAAAUCGAAGGUCUAUUCUAGAUCUGCAUAUAUAUAUUUUUUAAAUUUUUGUUUACAUUUCGGUCAGCUACAACGAUUGGGGACGUAAUACCAUCAUGCGAGAAGUCAACUAAGAAUUUGACGAUGGGGCGAUGCUUUCUACUCUUCUCAUUAAAAUGAAGAAACCAAAAACAUAUCUUCUUGUACCGGAAGACCGGUAGCAAUAUCAGACCUGCUGCUUACAAUAGCAAUCACAACAAUUAUUUGUUUUUUGACACUAUAUUUUAGGACGUUUGUAUAAGUUCAUUGUAUUGAAACAGCUUCUGAAUAAUAAAUCCUUACAUUAGUUUAGAAAUGAA